AGUAGAGAAAAACCUGGGCCACUGAUCGGCAAUCGAGAACCUUCCCUUCGGCGCCUAAUCUGCACUGCACUGCAGACCACACCGGCCCAGAGGACUCUGCAAAGGAAUGGCGAGCCCAAUGGUGGCGACUCCAAUCCGCCUCAGCAGCCUCAGAUACGCCCCUCCUUCCCCAGCACCCAGAGGACGAUUCGUGGCGGCGAGGGUGAAGGCGUCGGCGGAGGCGAUGGCGACGGAGAAGCUCGGCGUCAGGGUGGAGCGCAACCCGGCCGAGUCCCGCCUCUCCGAGCUCGGCGUCCGCCAGUGGCCCAAGUGGGGGUGCGAGAAGAGCAAGUUCCCGUGGACCUACUCGGCCAAGGAGACGUGCUACCUGCUGCAGGGGAAGGUGAAGGUGUACCCGGACGGCGAGGAGGGGUUCGUGGAGAUCGCGGCGGGGGACCUGGUGGUGUUCCCCAAGGGGAUGAGCUGCACCUGGGACGUCGCCGAGGCCGUCGACAAGCACUACAAGUUCGAGUAGCCUGCACCUACACCGCUGCACGGCCGGCCGCUGUGCUGCCUGCUGCCGCUACUAGCACUAGACUGAGGUAUUUGUAGCCGGAUUAUGUUGUGCUCGAGUGGAUCUCUUCUCUUGUGGUGGAAUAAAAACGCCAGAUUAGUGGAUUGUGCUUGUCCAA